AUGGAGGUGCAGCGGAAACGAUCCAAGGAUGCAGCUCGCGAAGCUGCCAAGGAGGAAACUAAGGAAGAGGAGGAGGAAGGAGAGAAAGUUGACUUCACCCCCGCUCCCAAGGAUGGCUUGACUACCCAUGAAGCUGAAGAACUGCUCAAGAAGUGGGGCAAGAACGAACUCACUGAGAAGACAACUCCCAAGUGGUUGAUUCUGCUCAGGCUGUUGUCUGGUCCCAUGCCUAUCAUGCUCUGGAUCGCCGCAUUGGUCGAGCUCAUCAUUGGGAACUAUCCUGAUAUGGCGAUCCUCCUCUUCAUCCAGUUUACCAACGCUGGCAUCUCCUUCUACGAGACCACCAAGGCUGGUGACGCUGUCAAGGUCCUCAAGGACUCGUUGAAGCCUGUUGCAACUGCUAAACGAGAUGGUAAGUGGCAAGACAUCGAUGCAACCCUCCUCGUCCCCGGCGACCUCGUUCUUCUCGCUGCUGGCUCUGCCGUUCCCGCCGAUUGCUAUGUGAACGAAGGAGUUAUCGAGGUUGAUCAGUCUGCGAUGACUGGAGAGUCUCUCCCUGUGAAGUUCCGUCGUGGAGAGGUUUGCAAGCUCGGCUCCAACGUUGUGAGAGGAGAAGUUGAGGGCACCGUGGAGUCGACGGGUCAGAACACUUUCUUCGGCAAGACUGCUCAGAUGCUUCAGUCUGUUGGCAACGAGUCUGGAAGCCUUCAGAUCCUGCUCAUGAGGAUCAUGUUGAUUCUUGUGGUGCUCUCCCUGACGCUCUGUAUCAUUGCCUUCAUCUACCUUAUUCCGCAACACCAAAUCUCUCAGGGCGAGAUUGUUCGUCAAUCGCUGAGCUUUGCCGUGGUGGUUCUGGUUGCUUCCAUCCCCCUGGCGAUUGAGAUCGUGACCACCACCACUCUCGCUCUUGGCUCGAGGCAGUUGUCGGCUCGCGGUGCCAUCGUGACUCGUCUUGGAUCGAUCGAGGAGAUGGCGGGCAUGGACAUGCUCUGCUCGGACAAGACCGGAACGCUGACGCUGAACAAGAUGGUGAUCCAAGAGGACUGUCCGACGUACAGCCCCGGGGAGACGUACGAGACGGUGCUAUUCCAGGCGGCGCUUGCGGCGAAGUGGAAGGAGCCUCCUCGCGAUGCGCUGGACACGAUGGUACUGAAGACGUCAGGGCAGGAUCUGUCCAAGUGCGACGCCUACACCCAGCUGGAGUUCACUCCCUUCGAUCCGCGAACGAAGAGGACUGAGGGGAAGCUUCAAGGCCCUGACGGAAAGAUCUUUCGGGUGACUAAGGGAGCCCCGCACGUGAUCCUCAACAUGUGCCACAACAAGGAUGAGAUCAAGCCUCUUGUAGACGCCAAGGUGCACGAGCUCGGAACCCGAGGCAUCCGAUCCCUGGCGUUGGCGAGGAUGGACGACGAGGAUGGGAAGUGGAGGAUGCUUGGGAUCUUGACCUUCCUGGAUCCCCCUCGCCCCGACACUAAGCACACCAUCGAGAUGUGCAACAAGUACGGAGUGUACGUGAAGAUGAUCACUGGAGAUCACCUGGUGAUCGCGAAGGAGACUGCACGCGUGCUCGGAAUGGGCUCGUCAAUCUUUGGAGCUGAUGGUCUUCCAGUGCUCGGAGAGGGAGGGUCAGUACCCGACGAUCUUGUUGAGCAGUACGGCACCAAGAUCUGUCCCGCGGACGGCUUUGCCUCAGUGUUUCCGGAGCACAAGUACCUCAUCGUGGAGACUCUGAGGAAGGCUGGCUUCAGGGUCGGGAUGACGGGAGACGGAGUGAACGACGCGCCAGCCUUGAAGCGCGCGGACGUUGGGAUUGCUGUGCAGGGCGCUACAGAUGCGGCAAGAGCAGCGGCAGACAUUGUGCUGACGGGAGAGGGACUGAGCGUGGUCGUGGACGGCAUUAUCGUCAGCCGAGAGAUCUUUGGAAGGUUGAAGAAUUUCCUUCUUUACCGUAUCGCGGCCACCCUUCAGCUCCUCAUCUUCUUCUUCAUCGCUGUCUUCUCCUUCCCUCCCUACAAGUACUACAAGGCCAGCGGCUUCCCCGGUACUGGAAACUACUCCAACGUUUACAUGGGCGUUCCUCGACAGACUGGAUAUUGCCCGAGGGGAUAUGCUGGGCCCGCAGACAGCUUCUUGCAGUCUAAAGGCAUCACCUUGAACGCAACCUACUUCGACCACCCAGAGAUGUUCGACACUGGUUGCUCCAUCGUCCUCCCUAUCUGCAGCGGGUCAGGCAGCACCCAGACGUGCGUCGAGUGGCCGGAGUUCUUCAAGCUUCCUGUUCUCCUUCUCAUGCUCAUCACCCUGCUCAACGAUGGUUCCCUCAUCUCCAUCGGCUACGACAAGGUCAGCCCCUCCACCACCCCCGAGCAGUGGAACCUUACCAGACUCUUCGUCGUCUCGGGCCUCCUUGCUCUCAUUGCGACGGCCUCGUCGCUCCUCCUCCUCUGGGCGGCGCUUGACUCCAACAACCCCACCGGAGCCUUCGCUGGUCUCGGCAUCCCUCCCAUGGAGUACGGCAAGAUCAUCACCAUGCUCUACCUCAACGUGGCGCUCGCGGACUUCUUGACGCUCUUCUCCUGCCGCGCCCUCGACUCUCCCUUCUGGACCGUGGAGCCCGGCAAGCCCAUGCUCUUCGCCAUCUUUUGCUCCCUCGUCAUCUCCACCUUCCUCGCCUCCUUCUGGCCCGAGAGCGAGUUGGACGGGCUGCCAGUGAAGGGGCUGGCGCUGGGAACGUACAAGACGAUGCCGCUGUGGGUGUGGAUCUACUCCAUUAUCUGGUGGUUCAUUCAGGACUGCAUCAAGAUCGUGGUGGUGAGGACGAUGAACAAGUACAACUGGUUCCCCGAUGUGAAGCCGGACAUGGAGGAGUGGAAGAGAAAGGGAGGCAUCGAGGACGAGAACAAUAACUACAAGGUGUGA